AUGCUCGAUGUUAAUAGGUUGAUCACUACUUUAAACAACUGCCAAGUCCCAAAUGAAAAGGAUCUAUUUCCAUUAUUCGACAAGGCAAUUGAAAUUCUUCAAACAGAAAGCAAUAUCAAAGAAUUAAGGUCCCCGAUUACGGUAUGCGGUGACAUUCAUGGUCAAUUCUUCGACCUUCAAGAACUUUUCAGGGUUGGCGGAGAAUGCCCUGACACAAAUUAUAUCUUUUUAGGAGAUUAUGUCGAUAGAGGUUAUCAUUCUGUAGAAACAUUUCUACUCCUAUUAUGUUUAUUCGUAAAAUAUCCUUACCGCAUGACACUGCUUCGUGGAAACCAUGAAGCAAGACAAACAACUCAAGCGUAUGGUUUUUAUGAUGAAUGUGUCAGAAAAUUCGGAUCAGCAAAUAUAUGGAAAGCGUGCACAAAUUUAUUUGAUUUUCUCCCAAUAGCGGCCCUCAUUGACGGUCAAAUUUUCUGUGUUCAUGGUGGCCUUUCUCCAGAUGUUAAAACUCUCGACGAUAUCAGGCAAAUUGAAAGAAAGAUCGAACCUCCAAACCAAGGAGCAUACUGCGACCUACUUUGGAGCGAUCCCGACAAUAUUGAAGGAUACAGUUCCAGCCCAAGAGGCGCUGGAUAUCUUUUUGGCGGAGAUGUUGUCAGAGCGUUCAAUGAGCAGAACAAGACAACAUUCAUCUGCCGCGCACAUCAACUUAUGAUGGAUGGUUAUAGUUUAAUGUUCAAUGAUACUCUUGCCACCGUUUGGAGUGCUCCAAACUACUGUUAUAGAAGCGGAAAUGUUGCAUCGAUUCUUGAGUUCGAUGAGCAUCUUAAUAGAUCUUUCAAGAUCUUCGAAGCUACACCACCAAAUGAAUGCCAGAACUCAUUACAACCACCUGUUCUUGAAUAUUUCUCAUAA